UUGCGCGCACGGGUCUGGGUCGGCUGGGUCCGCUGCGUCCUCAGGGCGCCGUCGCGUGAAGGUCGCUGCGGGGGCCUGGGAAGGCCAGGCGUGCGUGGCGAGCGGGUGGUGUGUGUUUCCUUACCAGGUCUUUGCGCUGUCGUCUUCUCUACAUCAUCACGUUGGUCUUGGAGGUGAAGACAAAUCCAAGGUGAUGGCAAAACAUCUGAAGUUCAUUGCCAGGACUGUGAUGGUACAGGAUGGAAACGUGGAAGGUGCAUACAGGACUCUAAACAGAAUCCUCACAAUGGAUGGGCUCAUUGAGGACAUUAAACGACGACGAUAUUACGAGAAGCCUUGUCGCCGGCGACAGCGGGAAAGCUACGAGACCUGCCGGAGGAUUUACAACAUGGAAAUGGCUCGAAAAAUCAGCUUCUUGAUGCGAAAGAAUAGGGCAGAUCCAUGGCAGGGCUGCUGAGGCUUGUGGCUAGGAAGCUCACAUCUAGUUGCUGCCUCUAUCCCUUUUCUUUCUCCAACUUCACUUUUUGUUACCUUUCUCUACAAUAAACUCAAUCAUCUGUAUGCAAGAA